CAUCUUCCUAUAAGCGGCCUAGCUCUGUACCAAAUAACAACAAAGAUGGCGACCUCCAUGCGAAAACUAGCCGGUUGUUCUACAUGUAUUUAUUUUGCAUCAAGUCGCUUUAGUACAUCAUUACCUUUUAGAAAAAUUACACCGAAUAAAUUUAAAGGAAAGCAGUCAUCUCGUGACUGGGUAACGAGACAACUUAAUGAUCCAUACGUAAGACUAGCAAAUGAAGAAAAUUAUCGUUGCCGUAGUGCUUUCAAGCUGACUGAGAUUGAUGACAACCUACGCAUCAUUAAACCUGGAGGAAUAGUUAUCGACUGCGGUGCUGCCCCUGGAUCCUGGAGUCAAGUUGCAGCCCAAAGAAUUCAGCUGAAAUCAAAGCAUGACGGGACACAAAAAGAAGGUAUGGUCAUCGCAGUCGAUCUACGAGACAUUGAACCAAUAGACGGGGUUACAGUUUUUGCAAACAGUGAUUUUACAAAGUCUGAGACCCAGUCCAAACUUCUGCGCAUGCUUGACAAUCGUCUGGCAAAUACCGUACUGAGUGAUAUGGCCCCGAACGCUUCCGGAAAUAGGGAACACGACCAUCAGGUUAUAUCUGAACUAUGUCUUUCUGUUUUGAAAUUUUCAAGUCAGGUGUUAGAAUCUGGAGGUCACGUGGUGUGUAAACUGUGGGAUGGCAGUGAAAAGAAGAAAUUACUUAGCGUUAUGAACAGAAUGUUUGAAACCGUCAAAACAAUCAAACCGGAUGCCAGUAGAUCGGAUUCCGCGGAAAUAUUUCUUGUAGGUUUAUAUUUUAAAUUGAGAAAAAAGUGAAUAAUUAUUACAAACGAAGUAUGUCUUUUCGUCAUACUCAUAUGUUAGAUUCUUUGCAGACGGGAGAAAGAAGAAGUUGGAACUUGACUGGACACAUGUUAAACUGACAGAUCUCUCGCUUGUAUAUGCCUAAACCGUCUGUGUAUAAAAACGAGUACUUAAAGAAUUCGCCUUUGUAAUGAAAUAUAUAUAAAACACUAGAACAUGUCAAGUCCAUGUCGGUAUAUUUCAUGUACUUUAUAAUAAUUUUAUACCAUAAUCUGUCUUUAGAAGGAAAUACUUUGCUUUCAUGGAGAAAUUGGACUGUG